AUGCCAAAGUCAAAGUUAACUGGUCCUUGCUUUAUUCAUAAUUGUUAUAAAAAUUCUAACAAUUUUAGAUGUUUAUCUGAUAGAGCUAUAGAAAAAGCAACUUAUAAAGGAAAUCUUCAAAGAUAUCCUUAUUUACAACAAGGUCAACAAAUUUGUUUUCCCCAUUACAUGGCUAUUGUUAAAAAUCCUCCAUCUGUUAAAGAAAGAGAAGAAAGAGAAAAAGAAAUUAUUCAAUAUAUCAACCUAAUUGAAACAAAUAUCAUACCAGCAUUUUCAACAUCCUUUGACAUAAAUUUAUCAUUUGGACAAGUUUGGAUGGAAUAUUUGACAGCAUGUGGUCAUGGAAUUCAACCUUUUGAUGAUCACAAAAUUAUUAUAAUUGAUUAUAAUGAUUCAAAAACCACAAAUAGAACUACAACUUCCUCUGACGUGAUAAAAUCUAGUGAUGAGGUUUUAGUUUCAUUCCAGGCCAAAGGACUUACUGAUUCAUUUUUCAGAGAUUGUGCAAAAUGUCGCAGAAGUUUGGGAGAAUUUAUAGGACAAAAUUACAAAGAUGAUAAAAUUACAAAUAUGGUAGAAAAUAUAAUUAGAACUUAUGGAUUAGAAAUUAUGAGAUAA